GUGGUUUGUGGGUGUCGCUGGGUUAUUAGCGAGUGGCUGCCCCAGCCCGGGCGACAAACUGCGGGUGUCGGGCGCGUAGUGUAGACGGGGCCAAGGCACCUUUAUCCCAGUAUUGCUGUGGUCUCUCUAGGGGUUGUAUUGGUAUCAGUAAAAAUCACCUCCCUAACCAACAUAGUUUUAUUGGUAUCAAAUCUGUGUGUCGAGCAGGCCUCACUGCAUUACCCGUCAGCACCUACCACACUGCAAAGUGAUGAAAACGCCAAGCCAGGUGGCUGUUUUUCAGGCCAGGCAUCCAUUUCCUCUUACAGAUGGAUAUCUUUCCUUGCUGAAGGAGUCAAAAUCAGAAUGGAGGUGCUUGGGCUUAACUGCUGGUGGACAGGAAGUGACAUAUUUCUGGGAUCAGGGGCCAAUCCCAUUUGUCUGGAGCAGAACAAAAUUUGGGCCAGAAAUACUCAGCGCUGCCCCCGUACGGCUGUGGUGGAAGCCGAUUCAGCAUGUGGCGUGGUUGUGUUGCAGACAGUCAUGCAGUAACAUGGAGCUCUUGGUCCAGCUGCUGUACAAUCGUGAGCUAGUUUUCCCUGAGGUCAUGGUCAUGACUCACUCCAGGCAGCAUGACAGAGGGAAACAAGGUUUGGUUCUAAGAAUGCCCAAGCGCAGCUUUCUGCAGAACUGCAGUCAGAGUUCUCCAAACUGCGGGGAAAGGGUGAAUUCCACAGCUUCAUGGCCAGGUUUAAAUUCCGCAGCUCUGUCCCAGGCAGUCAGUUCAUCCCAGCCAUCCAGGGAAACAGUCCAGGUCCAGAGCUCUCCCGCCAAGGAGAAACCUCCCAGAAUCAUGAACAGCCUGACGACAGCUCUUCUGGUGAUUUUCCUUCUAGGACUUUGCCUGCAGCGCAUCCCUGCAGCUCCACAAGGUAUCCUGGAAGACACAACCUGCUGCACAGGCGUCAUUGAGGGAGCCAUUCGUUUUAGUAACCUGAGGAGUUUCUACAGGACCUCUCCGGGGUGUAGGAGACGCGCCGUGGUGUUUGUGACUCUCCAAAACAGGGAAGUCUGUGCCAAUCCAGAAGCCAAGUGGGUACAAGUUGCAAUCCGGCGCCUGAGGAGAAAGCAGUAAUUUAGCACAGCUGCCCUUAGCAGGGCUGGACUCCCCGGGGCCUGCUGCCCCGGCUCUAUUUAUGUAAAAGACCCGUGAC